CGUGCGCUCGCAAUAUUCCCCUUUCCCCCCUUUCUUACUGGGAUUUUGGAAUGCUGGGCUCUGUCAAGAUGGAAUCGCACGACAUUUCCGAAUGGACUUCAUACUACAACGAACCCACGGAGGUGUUUCCUUCGGUGAGCACGAUGACGUCCAGCUUGGGGCCUAUGAACUCGAUUAAUUCCUACGUGACGCUGAACCCCCUCACUUCCCCCAGCUCCAUGAACAUGCCUUAUCCAAACAGCGGCUUGAGUAGCCCUUCUCUCACUGGACUGACCAACGCCACCAGUUCGAUGGGCCUCCCAUCGGUGGCGUCUCCCGUCAGCCCAGUAUUGACUCAGCUGGGAGCUCAGGCCUCCACGCUCAACUCUCUGUCACCUUACCAAAAUGUCGGCCAGUCCAUGGCCCCGCUGAGCUACUCUCCGUCAGGCAUGAACAGGCCCAAGGAGAUCAACAAGUCGUACCGCCGCACGCUGACCCACGCUAAGCCUCCCUAUUCCUACAUCUCCCUCAUCACCAUGGCGAUUCAGCAGGCCCCGAGCAAGAUGCUGACCCUCAACGAGAUCUACCAGUGGAUCAUGGACCUCUUCCCUUACUACCGCGAAAACCAGCAGCGCUGGCAGAACUCCAUCCGCCACUCCCUCUCCUUCAACGAUUGCUUCGUCAAGGUGGCCCGUUCCCCGGACAAGCCCGGCAAAGGCUCCUACUGGGCCCUCCACCCGAAUUCGGGCAACAUGUUCGAGAACGGCUGCUACCUGAGGAGGCAGAAGCGUUUCAAAAUCGAGGACAAGGCCAAGAAGCCGAACUCCAAAGGCUCCAACGCCCAAGAGCAGGCGUCCAAGAUUCCCGAGGGCCUUCAGGAAGGCCAGAGCCCCAACACGGGCUCGGAAGGAGCAGAGUCGGGCCACUCAGACACCUCCCAUGGCUCCGAGGAGCAAAGGGGUUUGGUGCAACUCGACUGUUCCGGGGGUCAGGGCUCAUCCCCGGUUUCCGAGGCCUCCCCGGCCCCCAUCUCCCAGUCCAUGAAUAGCCACUACUUUGCCACCUCCAUUACCAACCUGGAUCUCCCGGGCGACCUCAAAAUGGACCCUCAGUUCAACUUCAACCACCCCUUUUCCAUCACCAACUUGAUGUCCACGGAGCAGAACCACAAGAUUGACCUGAAGUCCUACGAGCAAGCCAUGGCCUACAGUGGCUACAGCUCUCCACACUCGGUGGAAAGCAAACACCCCUAUGAGGCAUCCACUUCGCUCAGCGAGACCGGCUCCUAUUACCAGAGCUUGUACAGCCGCUCCUUGCUCAACGCCUCGUAAGGUUGUCGUUGCGAGGUAGGAGGGGGCCAAAGGAACAAGAGAAGCUCUGCCUCGUGCCGCCAUCACCAGCAAGACCACCCACGAGAUGUUCUCUCCCACCGCCAUCAAACUGCAUCAUGGCCCGUGGGACGGAGAAAGCAACCAGAGACUUGGCCUACUAGACUCUCUGACAAAUCAUUACGCUUUCCAGACCUCAAAACCGAAAUUGCCUCAUAGUGGUCAAGCCAGUUGGGUGAUAAAAGGCCAUGGGCGGAUCCAUCUAUAUACUUCAGCAUGGGUUCGCACCCAUGGCAAAUCCCCGCCACCUCAAAAUGGUGGACCCCACUCUGAAUUUUACAGUGACUAAAGAUGUCUGAUAUAUCUCCAGGAGUGGAGCUUGGAUGGGUGUCCAGGAAUACGUGAAAAGGGGGCAGAGAAACGGAAAAUUUGUAAGCUGGGGAGCCACCCCUUGGCCCAGAACACUGGACUUCCCUGUCUCAACGCAGAUGUUACAGUCAACGGUUGAACUCUUGUCUUGAGAUUCUCAAACCCACCCGUUUAGGUCAGAACGAUACGUGGCAGGACUCCAUUGUUACACACACACACACACACAUAUGGGUUUGGUUACCCCAAAGACAAUUUAGGCCUCAGCCUGAAGAGGAGCAGGGGAAAUAUAGUUCACAUCUAUCUUCUUCUUUUUUAAAAGAAAAAGAAAAAGUGGCUUUAUAUAUUUAAAUAUAUGUGCUUUCUGUUGGGAAAAAGGGUAAGAGCUGAUUUUAAUAUAUCAUACUUUAGAGACAA